UCGGGUAGAUUGGUCGGAUCUCAACAGUGGCAUUGAAAAUUGGAGUCAGCCAGCGAUGAGAAAAUUUGAUAUUCGGACCACACCCAAACUCUGGUCGGCCUUACCUACAAUGGAGAAAGAAGAUUCUCGACUUCCCCAGACCUCGAAAACUUCCAACGUCACCGAAAGGAAGAUAAAGCGCUUCUGUUGUGACCAGUGCGGGAGAAAGUACCGUUCCAGAGGUUACUUUAUCGAGCACAAAAGAAGCCACAACAAGGCCAGCGUGGCAAGAUUUUUUGGGGGCCCCAAUAAAAUGUUACCCCACCAGAAGACGACGGACAUUCCUUGCCCCCAAUGCUCGGAAAAGUUCGAUACCAGGCUGCAGUUGGUCGAACAUCUGAACAGCGUCCAUCUUAAAAUUCUGUACCGCUGCUCCCACUGCAAUAGUUUGUUCGAUGAUCAAGGAGAUCUGGACGAACAUUUGGAAGCUGGCCAUCCCUCAAAAUCGUCCAUUUCUCCCUCUGCCCCCGCACCGACUGAGGACACGUUUACCAAUAAUUCUAUUUAAAGUUGUCAAUUUUAAAUGACGUUCAUUCGAGUUCUCCCAACGUAUGCUCAAAAUUUUUGAACAAAUUAAUUAGUGUCAAUUGAUUACAAAUUUAAUUAAUAUGAAAUUUGCAAAAGGAACUAACUGUAAAUGCUUAGGUUUGGCAGAGAUAUUUGCAGCAGAAGAGGAUAAAAGCGCAGUAAAUUUUUCACCUUUUUUCGCUUUUUCACCUCUUUGGAUGAAAAUAUUUCCGCCAAAAGUGACUGUCUUUUGCAAAAUUUGAUUACAUACUAAUUAAAUUUGUGAUCGAUUCAUACUAAUUGGGUCAAAUUCUGUGAAUAUAUGUUGAGAGAUCUUCCUUGCCAUUCUAAUUCUAAAAAUCAUUCUAAAAACGCAGACAAAACAUGGUCGAAUUCAGCCAUAAAAUAUUAAAUAUUAGGUUGUUUGAGUGUACAAGUUUUUUGAUUAUGCAAGAAUAAAUAUGUAUGUAUGUUGUAUGUAUAAUUUAGUUUUUGCAUG